AUGGGCACUCCGCUGGUCGGCACCGCCAUUAUAACAGGGGGGAACGGUUCCCUUGGGUCGGAGAUAGCUGUCUCGAUCGCCAAAACCCAGCCAUACGUCCACUUGCUGCUUCUUGCGCGCGAUAUCCGAUCCGAGAGCGUCAAGGAUGUCAGGGAGCGAAUCCGGCUGAUUGGGCCCCGGUCCCUCGAGUUCGUCAAGGUAGAUCUGGCGAGCUUCAACUCGGUUGUCAGCUUCACAGAGAUUACGGUCGAGAGGGUGAAAAACAAAGAGAUCCCGCCAGUGACACUGCUGAUCAACUGCGCCGCCAUGUCGUCAUACACCACCGAACAGGUCACACGAGAUGGCCAUGAUCCUGUCUACCAGACAAACGCCAUUGCGCCGUUCUUGUUGACAGUCAGCUUGCUCGAGGCGUUCAGGGCCGGUGACGGUACUCCGAAUGGCGGCGCGCGGGUGAUCAAUGUCGGAUGCUCUUCCAUCUCCAAAGGCACACUCGAUUAUUUCGAGAGCCCGGAUCCCGAACUGAGCGUACACCCUGGGGCGCCGCUGAGCGCCAAAGAAGCGACCAAGCGGUUUGGGAGCAGUAAGCUUAUAAUGAGUGCCGCCAUGUAUGCGCUGCGACGAAGCUUGGUGUUGACCGGAAAACUUUCCCUCAAUGUAUACACCCUCGACCCAGGAGUAAUGACCGGUGAAAGCCACGCAGCGAACGCCGCCCCAUUAUCCGUAAAGAUGGCCCACCAGACACGAUCGGGACUUCGCCCGUUCCUGCGAGUAUUUUCCAAGACCGCGAUGAACAAGGCUAGCGUUCCGGCGAAAGUGAUAGCGAAAGUCGCAUUCCGGCCCGACACGGUGGAGAACUGGGGCAGGGAGCGAUAUUAUAUCUUGGACAGCGAGUACGAGGCCGGAUCCGUCAUUCCCGCGAUGCGGGACCCCAAGCAGAUGGACGCCCUGCUGAAGAAGAUGCUGCAGCAGGUCGAGGUCGGAGUCAAGGGAAUGGGGUCGCCCUCGUCAAGGGUAUCACGGUUGAGUUGUUGA